AGAAACCAAACAGGGCCAAGCAUGGCUGCGGCAGCCGUGCAUGGCCGACGUCGUCGUCUCCUCCUGCUCCUCGCUGCGCUCCUACACCUGCUGCUUGUGGUGCCAGUGCCACCGGUGCAGGCGGCGCGUGUGACGGCCCUGAUCGUGUUCGGUGACUCCACGGUCGACGCCGGCAACAACAACGUCAUCCCGACGGUGGCGCGGAGCAACUUCCCGCCGUACGGGCGGAACUUCCCGCCGGAGGGGCGCGCCUCGGGGCGGUUCAGCGACGGCCGCCUGGCCACCGACUUCUACUCGGAGGCCCUCGGUCUGGGUCGCGCCUUUGUGCCGGCCUACCUUGAUCCGCACUAUGGCAUCCGGGAUUUCGCGAUCGGUGUCUGCUUCGCCUCUGCCGGUUCUGGACUUGAUGUUGCCACCUCACGUGUUCUGAGAGUGAUCCCGCUAUGGAAGCAACUGGACAUGUUCCGGGAGUACAUGUCCCGGCUGGACGACCACUUGGGCGCCACCGAGGCCCACGCGGUGGUGGCCGGCGCCGUGUACGCCGUGAGCAUCGGCACCAACGACUUCAUCGAGAACUACUUCGCGCUGACGACAACGCGGUUCCUCGAGUUCACGCCGGGCGAGUACACGGACUACCUAGUGGGCCUCGCCCGGGGCUUCCUGGCGGAGCUCUACAGCCUGGGUGCCCGCAAGAUCGGCUUCACGGGGCUGGCCCCAAUGGGCUGCCUGCCGCUGGAGCGCGCCCGCGCCCUGGGCCGCUGCGCCGAGGAGUACAAUGCCGCGGCGCGCGCCUUCAACGCGGCGCUCGUGGGCAUGGUGCGCGAGCUGGGCGAGCAGCUGCCGGGCUCCGACAUCCGGGUGGCGGAGGUCUACGACUUCUUCGAGGACAUGGUGCGCGACCCGGGGAGGCACGGCUUCGCGCGCGCCGACGUGGGUUGCUGCGGGACGGGCACCUACGAGAUGGGGUACGCGUGCGGCGCGUGGGCGGCGGCGCCGGCCGGGACGUGCCCGGACGCCGACCGCUACGUGUUCUGGGACGCCGUACACCCCACGGAGCGCGCCAGCCGCCUCGUCGCCGACCACCUCAUGAACACCACCUUCGGCCGCUUCGCAUGAUCCAGUCAUCUUCCGACUUGCGUCUAUUGGUUUUCUGAUCCGUGUAACGCGAUGCGUGUAUAGUAUUGGUAGGAUUGUUGCGGUUGAGGUUUGUUGUGUGUGGGUGAAAGUAGGAUGUAAUAUGGUUCGGAAAAUAUUCGUCCCGAUCCGGAUUCGAAGAUGAUGAACACUGAUUCAGAUGAAAUUUUCGGAUAUUCGGACUUUUUUCGGAUAACGGAUACG